UGCUCUUUCUCGUGUGCAGAGACCAUUCCAUAGCCUGGGCUUCCCAAACCGGGCUGGACUUAGUGCCUAGCCGUACCUGGGGGAUUACUUACACUCUGAUAUCGUCUCUAUACGGCGUAGAAAAACCGCACGCUUCGGAAUGCCACGCUUCGGUAAAGAUUGAUGUUUGAUGGCUGGGAGCCUCCAGGCUCGCAUCCAAGAUUGACACCCGACAGCACGCGCUCUACACCAAUCUGCUGAGUGAGUUUCACCUGCUGCCAGAUAAAAACUCCUACAAGCUCACGCUACAGCUGCCCACCGCCAAGCUGAGCAACGUACAGAACGCCCUCAGUCAAUCGCUGGGGCAGGAGCGUGUCACCAUGGACAGUGAGUCCACCUAUUCCGGCUACUCAUACCACUCCGGCCGGUCGAGAGGAUCUCACAGACAUGGAGAGCGCAGCAGAGAUCGGCACAAGUCUCGCAGUAAAGAAAGCAGUCGCUCAGAGAAGUCUGUCACCAUCAACGCUCCUCCUGCGGAGCCAUUGUUAGGAGACCAGUCCAUGCGAGGAGAUGAAACCCAGGAUGACAACUGGGGUGAAACAACCACUGCCAUCACAGGCACUUCAGAGCACUCGAUCUCACAGGAGGACAUUGUGCGCAUUAGCAAAGACCUGGACGACAGUGUGGGUCUGGACUGUAAACGUUAUGCAGUCGUCUCGUUCUCUAUUAUCUUGACACUGCUGAUGAUUCUGACGCCGCUCGCGUUCCUCAUCCUGCCACGAUUGCUGUGGCCCGAAAAGCUGCGUCCAUGCGGCACGGCCUGCGAGGGCCUCUUCAUCUCCGUAGCAUUCAAGCUGCUUAUUUUGUUGCUAGCCAUGUGGGCACUGUUUUUCCGGCCAUCCAAGGCUACCAUGCCACGCAUCUUCAUUUUUCGUUCUCUGCUGGUCAUGCUGGCGUUCCUGCUCGUGCUGUCCUACUGGCUGUUCUAUGGAGUGCGCAUUUUAGACACACAGGAUGAGGAUUAUCAGGGCAUAGUGCAGUACGCCGUGUCUCUGGUGGACGCACUGCUGUUCAUCCACUAUUUGGCGAUAGUGCUGCUGGAGCUGAGGCAGCUGCAGGCCUGCUUCUCGCUCUGUGUCACGCGCUCUACAGACGGAGAGAUACGGCAUUACAACCUGGGACAGCUCAGCAUCCAAAGAGCAGCUGUGGCUAUCUUGGAGAACUAUUACAGAGAUUUCCCUGUGCAUAACCCAGCACUUCUCACAGCCUCCAAAUCACGUGCUGCCAAACACCUGGCUGGCCUCAAGGUCUACAACGUGGACGGUCCAGGAGGCAACAACGCUGCUGCAGCGGGAAUCUCUCAGUCCCAGUCUCGUGCCAUGAUCGCUGCCGCCGCUCGCAGACGAGACUCCAGCCACAACGAGCUGUACUACGAGGAGGCCGAGCAUGAGAGACGUGUCCGGAAACGCAAGGCCAGAUUGGUGGUGGCUGUAGAAGAGGCGUUCACACACAUCCGGCGUGUGCAGGAAGAGGAACAGAAGAAGUCUCCAGGAGAUGUGAUGGACCCUCGCGAGGCGGCACAAGCCAUCUUCCCAUCAAUGGCCCGAGCGUUGCAGAAAUACCUGCGUACCACACGGCAGCAGCACUGCCACAGCAUGGAGAGCAUCCAGCAGCACCUGGCCUUCUGUAUCACACACAACAUGACACCAAAGGCUUUUCUGGAGAGCUACCUGACCCCAGGCCCCACGCUGCAGUAUGGACGCGAGCGCUGGUUCGGCCGUCAGUGGACGCUAAUCAGUGAGGCAUCUGUGAACAGCGGCCUCAAGGACGGCACAGUCUUCCUGCUCAAGUCUGUAGACUUUACCCUGGUGGUCACCACAAAAAAGAUCCCCUACAUCAGGCUGUCUGAGGAGUUCAUCGACCCCAAAUCACACAAGUUCGUCCUGCGACUACAGUCAGAGACCUCGGUGUAGACCCACAGCUUGUGGUAUCGUCUCUAUUCACACAGUUUUAUAUUAAUUCUUUGGCUUUAAAAUUUUUCUCAGUUAUUUGGGGGUUUGCAGUUGUAUUAUGUUGUCUUUAUAUAUAUAUAUAUAUAAUAUAUACAUAUAAAUCUGUAUACACAUAUUUGAAUAUAUUUCCUUUUAAUAUUUUUUGCUUUGUUGUUCGGAUUUUGGUGAGCGAUAACAUGACACAAGACUCAACAUUCUUUCACUAAAGAAAAAGAGAAUCCAGAGAAAAGAAGAAGAAAGAAACACAACGCCUCAGUGAAUCUCUCAUGAUGGUGGACGGACCGAAUACAGAACAUCCUUUCUGCUGUUAUUCCGUAGCUCUGACAGACUUGUUCAGGCACAUCACUGUUAAACUUUUUUUUUCUACUGUAAGUGCAAACUAACUCUUGGUGCUCUUUAAAACAUUCGGUUUGUAUUUCUGCUGAUGAUACACACCAUGAUCAUGAUCAUGUUUUCCACUCUCUUUUCCACAAUAUGCACAAUGUACAGAUGUGAGGUUUUGGUGUGUAUCUAUCGGAGUGUAUUCAGACAAGUUUCGUGUUCAGCUGUUCACAAUGAAUUGAAAGGUCACGUGGUGAAAGCAGUGGUUUUGUUCUGUUAGCAUUUGGUUCGAUUUAAGCAUUUUGUGAUCAUAAUUGAAAGUCAUUGAAUUUAAUACAAAGGUCAAAAACUAAAGUCACCAAAAAGGUCAAAGCUGCAAAUUCUCAACAGGAGGUUGAGCUAAUACUAUGUCCGUUUAAGUAAGAAGCUUAAUCAAUAAUAAUUUAUAUUUAACAAGAAGAAACCUAAAUGAACUGGUUCAACUUCUUGUCAGAAAACUGACCAGCAUUUAAACACUUAAUUUAAUUGAAUCAUAUUGUUAUCUUUCAGCAUUAUUAAAGAGUUCAGACAUUAAUAAUUAACAUUAAUUAACAAAGGGAUUGUUUGACCAAAAACACUAAUGUGGCUAAUAAAACUAGCAUGAUGUCAUGCGACUAGUUAUGCUACUCAGUUUUUAUGUUGCUGUUAUUUGGCUUUUUUUUGGUGGAACUUUACUACUAACAGUCUGAAGCAUGGACUUUGGGGACAUUCUGACUGGAUCAGGAACAUUUUAACAGCAGACAUGACCGAGUCCUGCUCUCUUAACUCUACUUGUUAAGAAUAUGGCCAAAGAUAAGGACAUUAACUGAUACUUAAUAUUUUUAAUAAAACAUAUCUUAUGGUUAUUGGUUAUGGAAAGCACUUAAAAAGAUUGUAGAGAUUCUGACUAAUCACUAAUCACUGUAAGGUCUCUGAUGAAUCAGGUUUGGUCAGUAAUGCAUUGGGGAAAAUUUCGAGAAUGGAAUUGAACUGAAUUUAACAAAAUUUCAUUUUUGUCUGAUGCAAAUUCUUGCAUUUCUUUCUAGGUCACAUUUAGGACUGAAACAUUAUGCAAAAUUAAAUAGAUGAUCAUCAUAAAACCACAUCUACAUUAUGGUUCCUUUGUAACCCAGUAGCUUAUAGCAUUUGAUAAACAGAUACAGCAAUUUUUUUCAGGUAAAUCACGUGUCCUGCUUCAUUACUUAUAAAUAAACAGAACGUUUUGCUUGCACAAAUCAGAGGGACGCUACAACCCAGGAGCUGAUUUUUUUUAACAGUAACAGCACAUCACUGUUUUAUUCCUCUUAUAACAGUAUUUGAUAGCGAUUAUAAAAAUCUGUUUAUUAAUGAACAGCACGCUGUACUUAUUAGCAGUUUUUAGGUAUAUUUGAUAUAAUGACGGGGGGCACGGUGGCUUAGUGGUUAGCACGUUCACCUCACACCUCCAGGGUCGGGGUUCGAUUCCCGCCUCCACCUUGUGUGUGUGGAGUUUGCAUGUUCUCCCCGUGCCUCGGGGGUUUCCUCCGGGUACUCCGGUUUCCUCCCCCGGUCCAAAGACAUGCAUGGUAGGUUGAUUGGCAUCUCUGGAAAAAUUGUCCCUAGUGUGUGAUUGCAUGAGUGAAUGAGAGUGUGUGUGUGUGUGUGCCCUGCGAUGGGUUGGCACUCCAUCCAGGGUGUAUCCUGCCUUGAUGCCCGAUGACGCCUGAGAUAGGCACAGGCUCCCCGUGACCCGAGGUAGUUCGGAUAAGCGGUAGAAGAUGAAUGAAUGAUAUAAUGACCAUGAAACUGCAUUUUCCCCAUUAUAGCUUUAUUAUAUCAGUCAUAAACAGUCAAAUUCUUGUCAUUAUAUUGUUUGCAUACACAACCAAAUACAGUACAACGUGGUGAAAUCAAAAUAUUUAAAAUAUAAUAUAUGAAUACAAUUCUUCCAUAACUUAGAUGUUUUUUUUUUUGUUUUGUUUUCUUUUUAUAAGAGUAAAAAGUACAGCUUUUUAUCAUGACACCAGAAAGUCAUCUGUGCUGAAGAAUUUGCCUUAAAUUACUGGCAUCUCUUACUGUUACUGUUAUCAAGCGCUAGCACUGGAGACUCCUUCAAAAAAAGACUUAAGUGGUGGUUCAAACUGUUAAGGCUCUGGAUUGUUGCUCAAAAAGACAGCGUUUGAACCCCAGCACUGCUAAACUGCCUCUGUUGGGUCUAUGAGCAAGGCACUUUACUCUUUCUGCUUUAGACUUGCUGUCAUGUCUGACUCCAGCUUUCUACCAAGCUGGGAUAUGUGAAAAAAAAAACUAUUUCAAUGUGCUGUGAUGUAUAUGUGACAAAUCAUAAGGGCUUUUUCCUCUCUAAUGUAGACUCUCCACCAUACUGUUGUUACUAUGGAAACAAUAUCAUAUUAGACCGAGUACAUUGAUAUAAAGCUGUGGUCUCCUGCUGUCAGAGAUGCCGCAAAAAAAAAUUAUCAACACUCUCUAGCCAAGGAGACACAAGAAUUUACCAGCGCUGGGGUAUAAUACCAGAUAAAGCACAUUUGUGAAUUGAACAGAUAGAGAAAAUCAAUUAGAAAGCAGGAAGGGAUACUUUAAUGCAGCCUUUAUUACAAGGGAACCAACUCUAAUGCUGAAAACAUCUGGAAAAUACUCACAGAACAUUCACACAGGACGUACAGUACAGGAGAAGUUAUUCCAAGGAAAAAUGCUGACUUCUGAAGCCAUGUACAUCGUUCAAAGGAAUAAUGUGGUAAAUUAUUUGUUGUUAGUUAUUAAUUAAGUGUAACACAUUUAGGUUAUUCCAAUAAUCGCUGUUACUACAGGAGUUAAUGACUUGCUACUGCAGAGUUACUGGGUUAAUAAGGAACCUUAUUGUAAAGUGUUAUCCACAUGAUGAUCUGAUUAUUGUGGAGGUUAACAGAUAGCAGGUUUUCUGUACUGUACUUGUAGUAUUGUGUAGCCUAAUGAUGCAUGUUGAAAUUAUUUUUGUCAUGUCAUCUACACUAACCAUUCACUUUAUUGGGAACACGUACCUGCAAACCUCCACAUUCAUGCAGUUAUCUAAGCAGCCAAUCGUGUGUCAGAAACACAGUGCAAAAAAUCAUGUAGAUACAGGUCAAGAGCUUCAGGUAAUGUUAAGAUCAAACAUCAGAAUAAAAGAAAAGUCUUAUCUUUGACUUUGAUCAUGGUAUGUACGUUAGUGCCAGAUGGACUGGUUUUGAGUAUUUCAGAAACUGGAUCUCCUGGGAUUUUGACACACAACAGUCUCUAGAAAAACAAAAAAAUUGAGUGAGUGAAAGACAGUUCUUUGGGUGGAAACGCCUUGUUGAUAAAAGAUGUACAAAACAGCGAAACUUGAGGUGGAUGAGCUACAUCAGUAGAAGAUCACCAAGCCAAGAACAGGAAUCUGAAGCUAUCAUGGGUACAGACUCACCCACAUUGGACACCUGAUAUUUUCCCGAUCUUAAUUUUUCCAGUUUGGAUGAAACUGUUACCAUGAUAGCAUCUAAUUCUUGUUCUUGGCUGGCAGGAACCUUAUGUGGUCUUCUGCUGUUGUAGCUCAUCCACCUCAAGGUUUGAUGUGUUGUGUUCUGAGAUGCUUUUCUGCUUACCAUGGAUGUAAAGAGUGAUUAUUUGAGUUACUGUAGACUUCCUUCCAGAUCAGAAAAAUCUCUCACAUCAGCCCGCAGAUGAGACACAUUCUGCUUAAAGCCUGUUCAGAAAUUCCCAGAAGAUCAUCAGUUUCUCAUUAAAUACUCAAACCAGCCCAUCAGACUGCAGCACAAGCCAUAUUUAAAGACACAGAUCUUAUCAUUUUCUUCAUUCUAAUGUUCGAUGUGUACAUUAAUUGAAUUUCUUGUCCCUAUGGACAGGUUUGUGUACACCUGACCUUCACACCCAUAUGUGGCUCUUCCUCAAACUGUUACCACAAAGCUGGAAGCACACAGUGGCCUACGAUAUCUUUGUAUGUUAUUGUUGUAGAUUUCCUUUCGAUGACAACUGAGGAAGUAGAAACACCAAGCAUGACAACAGCACUCAAGUUUGGAAUAAGAUUCAUAUGCAUGCACUUUUACCCCAGGGAACCUCAAAGCAACAUCUUUUUAUGAUCUUCCUGCAAAUAAUUAAAAAAAUACGCUGAUGGAUUCGGACCACUCUCUAGGAAAGAUCACUAAAAGCAUCAGCCUCCAGCUGAACUGCUUAAUUAUUAAUGAUAUCUUCUAAUAUGAUAUUGAUUUGUCUCUUGUUCCACUUUAGUUUUGUAUAGCUUAUUUCUGCCACUACAAGAAACUGUGCAAAUGUUAUUUUUGUACUUCUUCUGAACAGCAGAAGAUCCUCCUUACAAAAAAAGGAAAAAAAAAAUUUUUUAUAUAAUGAUAUCAAUGAUCACUGGUGUACUUUUUUACUUUGAUCCUCUCUCACAAUGUGACCGUGCCUCUGUUUUUACACAGUGUGCUUGUAUUUAUACUGUAUAUGUGUGUAAUUAAUUCAUUCCUUCUCAAAAACACUGCAGUUACACUUGACUUUCUUCACCUGUUGCUCUGAAAUGCCAACAUUUAUAUACCUGAUGCUAUGUUGUAAUAAAUGUGUCCAAGAUCACAACACUCACUUGUAUGAAAUAAACAUUUGUAUGAACA